GGGGCAGCGCGGCAUGGCGGCGGGAGGGUGGUGAGCGGGGCCGGGCGGGGCGGGUUCUGUCCCGGGAACGGGGUCGGGCUUCAGUCCGGGGGCGUCGAGGGGCUCUCGGGAGAGGAGCUCGCGGUGCUGCCGGUCACCGAGAGGCAGGUCCCGGCUCGCAGGCGGGCUGCGUGGCCUCGCGAGAGCUGUGGGUGCCGGAGCGCAGGCCGGGGCGAGCGGGGCGGCUCCCAGGCGGCGCCGCUGCUGCCUUGGGCAGGGCGGUGGCAGCCCCGUGCUCCGUCGUGCGGCGGGAGCUCUCGUGCUUUGUCGCUCUUCGUUGGUGUCUGAAAGAGGACUUCCCAUUGGAAUUUGUACCGAGAAAACCCCAGGUGAGGAAUGGAGCAACAUGCCUUGGUGCUCUGUUUGAGUGGGGGAGUGGGCAAGGAUGAAGGUUUGUAAAGAUGUACUUGCUCUGGAUUUCACUGAGCGGGACGAGUCUGGGCUGAAGUUUUCUGUGAUUCUGUUUGUUGCAUUGGAACGGCUGCCUUAGUAGACUGGAGGGAGGGAGAGGGAGAUUUUAAGACUGGAAGCAGUCCGGAGCGCAUGGUGUUUCUGCCUGCUUUGAUGAUGCUGCCUGCUUUGAUGAUGUCUUUGGGUCUGCAGUGACUGACAUCCUUCCAGGUACCUGGGUGUCCUCUGAAAGUUGUGUCCUGCAAUUCUUACCUACCAGGUCUUUGCCACCAAGGCUGGCUAAGAUGCUUUGGCAAAUACUAGAGAUGUUAUGUUGGGAUUGUUGAGUGCAAGGGCUUUAUAAGCAAGAAUAUCGAGGAACAGAGCCUGAGUGGCUGAGAAAUUGAGUUGGGACUCAGGAGAACAAUUUGUGACUGUCACAAACUUCCUGUGGGGCCAUUGCAGGCAGUUGGUGUCGUACAGCACAGCAGCAGCACGGCCGUGAAUACAUACACAAGAAGCCGCUCUCCUUGAGAACAGUAGAGCAGCAGGCUGUCUGCACUAUGGCUGCUGAACGGCAUUACUCCCCACCGGAGAUCCCUGAGCCCACGCUGAUGGAGACUGUGCUGCACCACGGACUCUUCUUUGGAGCCAUUUUCCAGCUUCUCUGUGUGUUAGCCAUUAUCCUGCCAGUUUCCCAGUCCCGUAAGACAGACUCGGAUGGUUCUGGGACUAAGACCUGGGAGGCGGUGAAGAAACCAAAGGCAAGUGCUGCGCAGCUAAGUAAGAAACCCAAGAAGGAAAGCAAAAAGAAACGAUAAGGGCUUGACCGACAAGCCUCAAAAGACAGAAGAAUCACCUGUAAUGCUUCCUCAGAGAUUGUACCAAAGGCAUCCGAGUAUGUCGUCUGGUUUUCUGGCAUUGCCAUGCUUUACCUUUCGCAGACAAUGGAGAGGAACUGAGGAAACUGGAAGGGAAGGGCUUCUGAUGUGUUACAAGCAAAGAGUCAUAAGCAGGACUUUAUGUGAUGUGAUUCGUGGGUCAGUCCCCAUCCAGUGUAGUAUGAGACUGAAAUAAGGCUAGACGGGACUGGAGAGUGGGAGGUGGUGACGUAGCCACAGAGUAAGGCAUCUUAAGCUUCUUGAUGCCAGCUCACAUCUUGGUUUUUUAGACCACAAAUGAGUCAGUGGGAGGAGAACCUGCUGUGUGAGGUGCCUCAGGGCUCAGAGCGGCUUUGAAGGAAAGGCUUCUGUGGCAGGGCUGCAAGUCUGCCAUCUUUUUGCAUACGUAGACUGCCAUCCUCCAUUGACAAAGGCAUUGUGAGCCCAGGUAUGGCAGUAGUGCUGUUAGGUUUCUGGUAGAGAACAGACGCAGAACAGCACAUUUGCUGAAAUCAUCGGUUUGCUGCUCUCCCUUGCUGUUGGUGGAAAUGACGAGUGGACAGCACAAGGAAAGCAGAACAAAGCAUGUGAGACAAAAGCACUCUGAAGUUGCUUGGACAUCUCAGGACAAAGAAACAUGACAAAAAUUUCCCAUGCAAACAACACAAACUGGUAUCGUUGUUGAGUUUCCAUGGGUGAGGAUGGUAGUUGUUUUAUCUAACUCUGUCCUUCUGCAGGUUCCCUAAAGGUGGGCUCUGUUGCAUUCUUCUAACAGAGGCACAACUACUGAAAGAGUAAUGCACGCAUUACCCAAAAUACAGGAGUGCUUCCACAGCCAAAAACUGGUUGCCAUGAGCCCUGUGUGGUUGUUACCUCGGAGCAGCAGGCUGCUUCUUUCUCUGACUGAACGAGACUGAAUGAGUCAUUGCUAACUGGGAAUCCUGGAUGCUGGGGUUUCAUUUUGGGGGGGUGUGAAUUGAGGAAAGCAGAUUAGGCUAAAAGUUAUGUGCCUUCAUGAGGUGUUGAAUCGGCAGCUGCAGAUCUGACCUUGCUAAGCCAGGUUCUCACUACUGAUAACAGAUGCUUUUCUACGGACUUGGACAGUUAGUGCAGACAGCGGGUGUCCUGUCUUUGCACGUAACAUCGUUAGCUCCCCUAUCUCUGGAAUGCAAGGUAGCAGGCUCAAAGAGUAAAACCACAAAUUAACAAAGAAGCGGCGGAUUGGUGAACAGAGUUGUGGCUGAUGAGACGACCAAUCAGAGCCACCCAUCGUAACCCAAGCCCAAGAAAAUAGCACCAUGACCUUCAUCAGAAAGACCACCGAGAGACACGCGUGUGUAAAAGAGCUGAGACUUGGGGCGGGGGGGGGGGGGGGGGGUUGUCAGUCCUUCUGGGGACUCAUUGUAAUAACCCAAACUUUUCUUGGACAUCUAAUGCAUAUGUAAGCAGCUUGGUCUUUAAGUAUGUGCCUUUCUUGCCCUCCGGCAUGCAGGCUAGGUGGGCAUAUCCCCCCCUGCAUCUGGCGUGUGCGCAGCGCUGAUUAGACAUACCUGCUUUAUAACUACUCAGAGGUGGGAUUGUGCUGUAUUUGCAGUUGGUUCCGAACGGCUCGAUACCUGUUUUGGAAUGUUGAUUAGCUGGACUUACGGUAUGCCUUUAGUAAUUACCGUAUUCCACAUUUUAUUUUCUGUUGAAAUAUAUACUAAAUACAAGCAAAAUAUUUUUGUUUAAAAUAAAAGCAAGAAUAACUUUUUAAAAA